CUUUUCCUCGACAUCAGCCCUCUCUUCUCUCUUAAACAAAAGUCUCUCUUGGAUAGACCGCUGCAACAGAUAGACGUGACCAUGGCAGGCUCGUCGCCCAGCAUCGCAGCAGCAGCAAGUCUAGAUGGCGAUUCCGCCACCCAGCGCGACGCGUCAGCUUCAACUUCAGUAUCAGCUUCGGCAUCGGCAUCGGCGUCGGCGUUCUCGCUCCAGAACAUCCUAGGCGAGAACCACGACACGGUCGAGCACCCCAAGUACCAGGAGCAGCUCGAUGCCAGCGGCAGUGUGCCGGCGGCGGGGUGGGACGAGGAGGGCACGGAGCAUGUCGCGCCUGAGGGGUUUUGUGUUGAGUGUGAGGAUCAGCCCGCGCAGCUGCACUGCGAGGCGUGCGCGGAGAGGUUCUGCGAGGUGUGCUUCGCGGCGCUGCACAGGAAAGGAACGCGCAAGGCGCACGCGACCAAGGCGCUCGAGUACGAGGAGCCUGCGCGCAAGAAGGCGAAGACGGAGGUUGGGGGAGGGGAGGAUAAGGAGGUGCGUGUGAAUGGAGAAGACAUCGCGAUGAACUCGGACGAGGAACUCGAGAUGCUGGUAUCCCAGCCACCCGCCGCAAGCACCAGCACCGCCGUUCUCAGCCCACAGCCCUCGGCCGGUGCAGACGCUGGCAAAGCGGGCGACUGGUUCCUCGAGCGCGCGAAAUACAUCCCCCUGCGGUUAACGCUCUCCGAGCGCAAGUUCCUGCGCCUGCUCGAGGCCGCGCUGCAGGUCAGCGAGUACACGGACCGGAUCGACACCCUCGGCUUCGGGCUGAGCAAGGCCAAGCGGAUCGUGCAGCAGAUCCGCGAGCUGUGCGCGAUCCUGUCGGGGUUGGUGCUCAGCGCAGACUACAAGGCGGGGCAGGAGCUGUUCCAGGACCGCGAUUUUGCGAGCAACGAUGUGUUUUAUCAGCAGAUAUUCGAGCUGGGGAGGCGGCACAAGAUUAUGAACCCGGAUAAGAUGCGGACGACGUAUGGGAAGCUGAUAUACCUUCUUCAGGACAGCCAAACGCCCGAGGUGAAGGACCUGCUCAGCUUCUCGUGCGUGAAGCCGAUCAAGACGGUGUACAGCGUCCUCGAGGAGCACGGCGCGCUCGCGCUGCUCACGGACGACCUCAUCCUCGCCGCGACGCGCGAGAUCUACGCCGAGGGCCGCACGCGGCGCGACGUCCAAAAAGAGAUCCGCAUCAAGGAGCGCGCGAUCGAGACGCUCGGUGCGCGCUACGCCCGCGACGGGCUCGACGAGGAGAAGGUCAAGCAGUGUUUGUACAGUAUUGGGGACAACCACGCGUUUUUGAGGACGAAUCGCGACCCGUGUGAGAGGAUGAUUGAGUAUCUGAAGGAGCACUUUCAUCCAACGCAGGCGACGAGUGGGAAGGCGAGCUUGGCGAUUAGGAGCGGGAAGGGCGGGGCGCGGCUGAGCCAUGACCAUGCGCGGCAGUAUGCGUAUGUGCUGCAGAGUCUGACGCUGUGGAGGGAGAUUCUGCACGAUAUGUUCAGACUGUGGUCGCUGGCCGAGCAGGAUCUGCUCUCCGAGAACGUCCCUUACCGCCUGCGCGACACUGGACAGGGCCUGAACCGCGUACAAGCCGCGCCGAAGACCUCGCGCAUGAUGCAUGCCAUUCUCGACAAGGCGCAGCAGAGCGUCGGCUCCUGGGUCGGCUCCUCCGCCAUCCACAUGGGCGACCACAACGUGCCCAACGCGCUCAUGUUCAUCGACAAAUACUCGCAGAUCUACCGCAUCCUCCUGCCCAUCUGCAACACGCUCGCGCAGAUCCCAGCGCUCGCCGACGUGCCCGCGCUGCGGUCGUACAUCGAGGACGAGUUCGGGUCGCCCGAGGCGUGCGCGCGCGAGAUCCUGGGCGACUUCUUCAGGCACGGAUUCGACGGCUCGGGCGCGGACAACUUUUUUGACGCGGGGUCGUGCAUCGACGGGCGGCUGACGAGCGCGUGGAACUGGUGCUCGAAUCUGGAGAAGAAGCGGUAUUUUCAUGUGUUUUUGCUUACUGGUUUCGUGGGGUUCGAUGGGGACUGGUAGCCGUGCUUGGCGAAUGGGGUGCUGUGUUGGUUUACACGGAUGUCCUUUGUGGGAGAGCCUUUGUAGCGGUGUUUCUCCAGCCGUAGUGUUACUGCUUAAUUGCAAUGCUGCUGAUAAU